CCCGCGGACGUCCGUGCCGGGACAUGGCCGCCGCCGGUGCCGGGUCCUUGCGUUGAGCGCCCGCUGACGAGAGCCCAGCGCUACGGCCGGCGGUCCGCGCAGCCCAGGCCCCGGCCCCGCCGGGACGGCGAGAGCCCCGACCGCCGCCGCGGCCCGCGCAUGGCGUCCAUCUUGUUCCGGAGCUGCCGCGGCCGGGGGCCCGUCCGCCUCCCGCUGCCGGGCGCGGCCGCCCCGUGGGGUAGUCUGGGGGACCGUGCCUGUCUCGGUUGUUGCAGGACCGUGGGCUCGACGAGCCGAGAGAAUGGUCCCUCUGGCCGCUGCGCACCAACCCGCCCUGCGCACCUUUGCUUCAGAGGUGAGCCCCUCGGCAGCUGGACUUUGAGACCCGAGCGCCUGUGCCCGGGAGCAAGCCUGCCAUGGAUGCCUGCCUCCGUGAGCUUGAUUGUCCCAGGACCUCAGUACCUUCCCGUGCGGGGCUGGCACUCCUCGCCCUGGCACCGCGAUGACUCUGUGGUGGAGAAGUCCCUCAAGUCCUUAAAGGACAAGAACAAGAAGCUGGAGGAGGGUGGCCCUGUGUACAGCCCGCCCACCAAGGUGGUGGUGAAGAAGUCCCUUGGGCAGAAGGUUCUAGAUGAGCUGAAGCACUACUACCACGGCUUCCGCCUGCUCUGGAUCGAUACCAAGAUUGCCGCGCGCAUGCUGUGGCGCAUCCUCAAUGGCCACACGCUGACGCGCCGAGAGCGCAGGCAGUUUCUCCGGAUCUGCGCCGACCUCUUCCGCCUGGUCCCCUUCCUGGUCUUUGUGGUGGUGCCCUUCAUGGAGUUCCUGCUGCCCGUGGCAGUGAAGCUCUUCCCCAACAUGCUGCCGUCCACGUUUGAGACUCAGUCCAUCAAGGAGGAGAGGCUGAAGAAGGAGCUGCGUGUGAAGCUGGAGCUGGCCAAGUUUCUCCAGGACACCAUCGAGGAGAUGGCUCUGAAGAACAAGGCGGCCAAGGGGAGCGCCACCAAAGACUUCUCGGCCUUCUUUCAGAAGAUCCGGGAGACGGGGGAGAGGCCCAGCAAUGAGGAAAUCAUGCGUUUUUCAAAAUUGUUUGAGGAUGAGCUGACCAUGGAUAACCUGACACGGCCCCAGCUGGUGGCGCUGUGCAAGCUGCUGGAGCUCCAGUCCAUCGGCACCAACAGCUUCCUGCGCUUCCAGCUCACCAUGCGGCUGCGGUCCAUCAAGGCCGACGACAAGCUGAUCUCUGAGGAAGGGGUGGACACUCUGAAUGUCAAGGAACUCCAGGCAGCUUGUCGGGCCCGAGGCAUGCGGGCCCUGGGUGUUACAGAAGACCGUCUGAGGGGCCAGCUGAAGCAGUGGCUGGACCUGCACCUGCAUCACGAAAUCCCCACGUCGCUGCUCAUACUGUCCCGGGCCAUGUACCUCCCAGACACCCUCUCUCCUGCUGACCAGCUCAAGUCCACCCUGCAGACUCUCCCAGAGAUAGUGGCCAAGGAAGCCCAGGUGAAAGUGGCCGAGGUGGAAGGUGAGCAGGUGGACAACAAGGCGAAGCUGGAGGCCACUCUGCAGGAGGAGGCCGCCAUUCAGCAGGAGCACCGGGAGAAGGAGCUGGAAAGGGCCGUGGAGACCGCAAAGGACAUGGAGCCAGAAGUCACUGAAGCCGCUGCCCCCGGGAAGCCGGUGGUGGAGGUGCAGCCAGCUGUGCCCGACGUCAUUCUGCCCUCGGAGGUCCUGAAGGACACCGCCCCUGUGCUGGAGGGCUUGAAGGAAGAGGAAAUAACCAAGGAGGAAAUUGACAUUCUCAGCGAUGCCUGCUCCAAACUGCAGGAGCAGAAGAAGUUGCUGACCAAGGAGAAGGAAGAGCUGGAGCUGCUGAAGGUGGACGUCCAGGACUACAGCGAGGACUUGCAAGAGAUCAAGAAAGAGCUUUCAAAGACCGGUGAUGAAAAAUACGUGGAGGAGUCCAAAGCCAGCAAGCGACUGACGAAGCGAGUGCAGCAGAUGAUUGGGCAGAUCGACGGCCUGAUCACACAGCUGGAGGCCGGGCAGCAGGCUGGCAAGCUGGGUCCCGCCGAGGGCUCCCCUGCAGGGGAGGAGGUCAUCAGCGUCUCUGAGCUCAUCAGCGCCAUGAAGCAAAUCCAGCACAUUCCCGAGAACAAGCUGGUCAGCCUGGCCUCAGCCCUGGAUGAAAACAAGGAUGGCAAGAUCAACAUGAACGACCUCAUCAAGGUGAUUGACCUGGUGGACAAAGAAGAUGUCCACGUCUCCACCAGCCAGGUGGCCGAGAUCGUGGCGACCCUGGAGAAGGAGGAGAAGGUGGGGGAGAAGGAGAAGGCCAAGGAGAAGGCCGAGAAGGAGGCCGCGGAGGUGAAGAAUUAGGGUGCGGCCGCUGGCGCCGUGGGGGCUUCCCGCGCGUCCGCCGUGGCCCCGCCGUGGCCCCGCCGCGGCCCCGCCGCGCCAGCCGCGGUGGGAAAGGCGAGGACGAUUGCGCCGAGGUGAUUCUCAGUGGCAGAUCCGAUAUUUUGUCUGGAAUAAAUCAGAAACUUCCGUAAUC